GGGGGCGGGCCCGGCCAGGGGAAAUAAAGCCCCGGAGGCCCGUGUGGGUCUCUCCGGUGCCCGGGGCGCUUUCGGGGUGAUGUCAUGGCUUUCACUCUGACGUCACGUUGGGCAUAUGACGUCACGCGCAGCCACCACGCCCAGAGGCCAGGGCCCUCGCGCCAAAACCGAGGACUUUCGGUGGAGCCACUGGCGCGCCCCCACGACGGCGGGUAGGGGCCUGGGGUGCUGCAGCGCCCGGCUAAUCCGGGGGUCUCUACCAUUCCUUCUCGCUCCUCUCCCUCACCCCACCGUGACCCCCCCAGCGGCUGCCGGCGGGGGCCGGGGAGGGGCGGAAACUCCUCCAGGGAACCCGACCCCGCCUCCCGCCCCGCCUCCCGCCGCAGGGCCAGGAAGCGCGGAAGGAACCGCCGGGGGCCAUGGACGGAGCAGUGAUGGAAGGGCCGCUCUUUUUGCAGAGUCAGCGCUUUGGGACCAAGAGGUGGAGGAAGACCUGGGCCGUGCUCUACCCGGCCAGUCCCCACGGCGUAGCGCGGCUCGAGUUCUUUGACCAUAAGGGGUCGAGCUCUGGGGGUGGCCGAGGGAGCUCGCGCCGCCUGGACUGCAAAGUGAUCCGUCUGGCUGAGUGUGUGAGUGUGGCCCCCGUCAUCGUGGAGACCCCCCCUGAGCCCGGCGCCACUGCCUUCCGCCUGGACACUGCUCAGCGCUCGCACCUGCUGGCGGCCGACGCGCCGUCCAGUGCAGCCUGGGUGCAGACCCUGUGCCGAAACGCCUUUCCGAAAGGCAGCUGGACUCUGGCGCCUACCGAUAACCCACCUAAGCUUUCUGCCCUGGAGAUGCUGGAGAACUCCUUGUACAGCCCUACCUGGGAAGGAUCCCAAUUCUGGGUAACGGUGCAGAGGACUGAGGCCGCCGAGCGCUGUGGCCUGCAUGGCUCCUACGUGCUGAGGGUGGAGGCUGAAAGGCUGACUCUCCUGACCGUGGGGGCCCAGAGUCAGAUACUGGAGCCACUCCUGUCCUGGCCCUACACUCUGUUGCGUCGCUAUGGCCGGGACAAGGUCAUGUUCUCUUUCGAGGCCGGCCGCCGCUGCCCCUCAGGCCCUGGAACCUUCACCUUCCAGACGGCACAGGGAAAUGACAUCUUCCAGGCAGUUGAGACUGCCAUCCACCGGCAGAAGGCCCAGGGAAAGGCCGGACAGGGGCACGAUGUUCUCAGAGCUGACUCCCAAGAAGGGGAGGUGGCAGAGGGGAAGUUGCCUUCCCCACCUGGCCCCCAGGAGCUCCUCGACAGUCCCCCAGCCCUGUAUGCUGAGCCCUUAGACUCCCUGCGCAUUGCUCCAUGCCCUUCCCAGGACUCCCUAUACUCAGACCCCUUGGACAGCACGUCUGCUCAGGCAGGAGAGGGAGUACAACGGAAGAAACCUCUCUAUUGGGACUUGUAUGAGCAUGCGCAGCAGCAGUUGCUGAAGGCCAAGCUGACAGACCCCAAAGAGGACCCCAUCUAUGAUGAACCUGAGGGCCUGGCCCCAGUCCCUCCCCAGGGCCUUUAUGAUCUGCCUCGGGAGCCCAAGGAUGCAUGGUGGUGCCAAGCUCGGGUGAAGGAGGAGGGCUAUGAGCUCCCCUACAACCCUGCCACUGAUGACUACGCUGUGCCACCCCCUCGGAGCACAAAGCCCCUCCUUGCUCCCAAGCCCCAGGGCCCAGCCUUCCCUGAACCUGGUACUGCAACUGGCAGUGGCAUCAAAAGCCACAACUCAGCCCUGUACAGCCAGGUCCAGAAGAGCGGGGCCUCAGGGAGCUGGGACUGUGGGCUCUCUAGAGUAGGGACUGACAAGACUGGGGUCAAGUCAGAGGGCUCUACCUGAGAAGGAGGGCAAGGCUGAGGUGGCUAAGGAGGACCAUGGGCAGGUGGCACUAGGGAUCAAAGAAAAUGGUUAGAACCAGCAGAAGCCAGAGGGUGGGAGGGGCCAUGCUGUGUGAGACCAGGGGACCAGAGGGAUGGGAGAGUCAAGGGAAGGACAGUCCCAGGAAGUCCUAAGAAGUGGGGCAGAUGGCAGGGCUGAGGAUGGGCUCUGCAUCCCCCAAAGCCAUCCCCUUCCCUACUUCCCCAAAUGAAGGGACAGCUGUGGGACCAGGUCUGUGGAAAGUAGUGCAUGGUCAGAAUGGGUGCAGUUUGAGAGGCCUGUGUGGAGGCCUCUGGGAGAUGUUGGACUGUGCCUGGAUCCUUACUCCUGCAUUGCUCUUUGCCAGAGACCUAUUUAAAAAUUUUAAAAUUCUCAUUAAAGUCAGCUUGGGUUUAAGAA